UCGUCUCGUUGCGUCGCAUCGCAAGCUCCCUCGCAGCAGACGUGAAUGCUCGAGAUAUAGAGAGAGAAAGCCGAACGAUAUAAUAUAUACAGACACACUCCGACAAAGAGAGAGAUUGCGGACAGAGGCGGUGGUUUUAGGAGGCGGCUUUUCUCCAGAAAAGGAGAUUGAAAAAGAAAACAAAAGAUGCCUCAAAACCCCUCUUUGAAGGGUCGCCUGCAUGGGUGAUCUUCAAGUUUGUUGUGAGCGCCAAAACGGUGUCAUGAUGGAUAGUGAUCACUUCUCGUCGUCCAGUCCAAAGCAAAUGGUCCAUUCAAACCCUGAUCCCUUAUCAAUCCGCGAGGAUUGUUGGGCUGUAGCUGAGGAAACGACUCAAGAGGUGGUGAAUUGUAUUCACCCCACUUUGGACUCUGAAGAAAAGAGGAAGGAUGUGAUUGAUUACGUUCAGAGACUCAUCAGUACUGCUCUUGGUUGUGAGGUUUUCCCUUAUGGAUCAGUGCCACUAAAGACCUACCUUCCUGACGGUGACAUUGAUUUGACGGCCCUUAGCAGUCCUGAUGUUGAGGAAUCCUUGGGCCGUGAUGUUCUUGCUGUUCUGCAAGCAGAAGAAAUGAAUAAAGAGGCUGAGUAUGAAGUGAAGGAUACCCAUUUCAUUGAUGCUGAGGUUAAGCUUGUGAAAUGCCUUGUGCGGAAUAUUGUGAUAGAUAUAUCUUUCAAUCAGUUAGGAGGACUUUGUACACUAUGCUUUCUUGAACAGAUUGAUCGACUUGUUGACAAAAAUCAUAUCUUUAAACGUAGCAUUAUUCUGAUAAAAGUAUGGUGCUAUUAUGAAAGCCGUAUUCUUGGUGCCCAUCAUGGUUUGAUUUCUACAUAUGCUUUGGAGAUGUUGGUCCUAUGCAUAUUCCGUCAGUUCCAUGCAUCCUUAAAUGGCCCAUUAGCGGUUCUUUACAGAUUCUUGGAUUAUUUUAGCAAAUUCGACUGGGAGAACUAUUGUAUUAGUUUGAACGGUCCAGUUCUCAAGUCAUCCUUGCCUUAUACAGUGGUUGAGCUAUCAGAAAAGGGAAAGGAUGAUUUGAUGCUUAACGAAGAAUGUCUAAGAAACUGCAUAGACAUGUACUCGGUUCCAUCCAGGGAUCUUGACACACGCUCGCAAUCAUUUCCUCAAAAGCAUCUCAAUAUAAUUGAUCCAUUGAAAGAAAAUAACAACCUUGGGCGCAGCGUCCACAGAGGUAGUUUUUAUCGAAUACUUAGUGCUUUCAAAUAUGGGGCUCGCAAGCUUGGUAAAAUCCUUCUGUUACCUAGAGAAAGAAUUGCAGAUGAAAUCAAAAAGUUCUUUGCAAACACUCUCGAGAGGCAUGGUUGUAAAUGUGGGGCUGAUAUACAAAGUUCUGUACUGUCUGUUGAUGCUGAAUGGUCCAGCACUUUAUCCUCGUCAUCCCAUGCUGAAACACUGUCCGAGGAUGGGAUGCAGCUAAAAUCAUUGAAUGGCGAUUCUGAUGGUGAUAUUUCAGGGGUAGAACAUAAAUGCACUUCAGUGCAUAGAAAUGAGCUAGACAGAUACUUGACAAGACUAAAUUAUUUGCAGAUAGAGUCAGAGUCUGGCUGUUCGACCAAUGGGACUGCUGUUUCAGGAUAUCAUCUUGCUGGGGAUGAAAAUGACCUUGAAACACCAAGGUCUCUGAGUUUCAGAAGGGAAAAUGACACAUCUGAUUGUUCACCAACAAGUAGCAAUUUUAAGAGCUCUCUCUCUGGAAUAUGUAAUCGUGCACCUUAUUUCUAUUUGUUCAGAUCGCCCACGGAAAAUGUGAACUUUGAAAAUGGGAACCUCUGCCCGAAAAGGCUGUCAGAAGUCGUUGAUGAGAAUAGGGGUUUUGGUUCGUGGCUGGAACAGAGUGAGAACCAUUUAGUGGCCAGCAAUGCAGUCCAUGCUAACCACCAUGAAGGUCUGAGCGAUAGUGGUUCAGCAAUCUCAAGUCCGGAUGCUAACAGCUUAGAGAGUUUAUCCCUUGAUUUUAGGGAGAUAGGCUCAACUGGCAUUGUUGACGACAUGGAAACUUUAAAUCCCUUGGCAGACCUCAGUGGGGAUCAUGAUAGUCACAUAAGGAAUCUGCUGUACAGCCUAAGUUGUCAUGGAUAUGCUUUAUCUGCACCUGUACUGCUCAAUUCUCCCACAUCACUCUAUCAGUUGAGGAACAAGAGGCCUUUAGAUACUGUCCAGCGAUCAAUGCCACUGAAUCAGAAUGCAUGUUCGCAAGUGAGCACAGAUAAAGUGGUCUUGGGAUCACUUGUUUAUCCUCAUAAUUUCAUACCGUUCAAUCCUACUUUUGAUUCAGACGAAAAACAUAUGGCACAAGGAACUGGCACAUACUUUUCCAUUAUGAACGGUUCUUCAUGCAGGGAGAAAUCCUCACAAGGGGAGAGAAGGAAUUAUGCAACAGGAACUCGGGGGCAAAUGCAGAGACACACCCAGAACAAUGGCAUGGCUCGUGCUUUUCCUGAAACAAAUUCAUUAGAAGAAGGUAGUCGUACACUUUUAGAUCCAGGGUCCUUGGUUCAAGGUCAUGGGAAGCCCGGUUUAUGCGGCCAAUCUUAUCAAUCCAAUGGGAGCAGUAUUCAUGCCAAUGGUCUGUCCAAUUUAGGUUUUAGAAUCGAAUUUGGAUCUCUUGGACUGAUGGCAGAGGGAAUUAGUCAGCUGCCUUCAGGCACUAGUUAUGCUUGGGACUCUACACCAUGCCCUGUGGUUCCAGAAGUGCAGACUUCUAGCCGAGUCCUGAAUACAAAACAAGAAAGGGUUGCAGAGCAUUCAUACCACCAUAAGAAUGAAGACUUCCCCCCUCUGUCCUCCUGAAUGGCUUUUAGAAAGGAUUUUAUUUGGUGGAGUCGGUUAACGAACGUACUCGUGAAGGAAAUGAACGAAUCUCGGGUUCAAUACUGAAAAGACCAAUAAUUUUAGACGCUAACAAACAUGGGAGAUAUGUAGGGAGGAGGUUGUUCUUUGAUUCUCAUACUUGUUUUACAACACU